AUAGGACUGACUCCUGGGGACACACUUGGUUGGAUGCAAUUAAAAUGCCUGUCAGGCAUUUGAUACCAGAAGCCCCUUGACAAACUGCUAAAUCUGCCAGCAGCGCAGCAUCCUAUUGUGAGUGAAUGAUGGCGGAGCUAGGUGGCUUGUCAUCAUUCUCGAAAAUUCUGUGGCUACUGAGCUCUCUCUCCCUCUCCCACUCGCCUUAUUUUCCUUUUCGCCACUGCAGGGACUUUUUCUAAUUUGCAGUUUUCAUUUUCCCGACACAUAGACACAAGCUGGCGGCUUGCAGACUGCGUCUGUCCAGAGGUAGAUGGCAAACCAAUGGAUAAUAACAUUCGAGAAGAAUGAUUUUGCAGCAGUACUUGAAGAAUAGGAUUUGGGGGUCUUGCUGCAUAUGCGCCGGUAAUGAUUUUCUUUCAAAGGAUCCACUUUGUCUGAUUUAAAGGUUCUACAGCCUGUUGUCAUUAAUACAGGAAACAUUGAUUGGAAACUACUCAUUCAGAAAAUUAAAAGAAACCCAGAUCAUCUUAUUCAUCCUUUAAGAAGACGACAUAACAGCCUUGCUUCUUUGCUAUCUGCUUAACUUGGAGAGUUCACAAGGGAGAGAAGAAUGGCAGAUGACCGGAAAGAUGAAGCUAAAGCACCUCACUGGACAUCAAGUCAACUGGCAGAGGCAUCUUCCCAUCCACAUUCACCUGAGCUUAAGGAGCAGGCAGGAGCAGGAGAUGGAUUAGUCCGAAGUGCCAAUGGAUUUCCAUACAGAGAGGAAGAAGAAGGUGGCUAUGGAAAUCAUGGGCAACAGGGUACCUAUUCAAGAACCAAAGAGAAUGGUAUUAAUGGAGAGCUCACCUCAGCUGAAAGGGAAACAGCAGAGGAAGUAUCUGCAAGGAUAGUCCAAGUAGUAACUGCGGAAGCUGUUGCAGUCCUGAAAGGUGAACAAGAGAAAGAAGCCCAGCAUAAAGACCAACCUGCAGGACUCCCUAUAGCAGUUGAAGAGUCUGCUAAUCUGCCUCCCUCUCCACCUCCAUCACCAGCCUCUGAACAGACUGGAACAGUGGAGGAAGAAGAAGAAACAGUAGAGGGUCCAAUGACUGAGGAAGCGAAACCUGCUGCUCUUCCUGAAAAAGAAUGGGGCAAAGAGUGUGGGCCUACUAAGUCCUCAGACCAACCAAAGGGCCUCAGUGAGGUCCAAGUGGAUUCUAGUUCGAAAGCCAAAAUAGUUCCUGAAGAAAGUGUUUCCACUGGGGGACCACUUGAGAAAAGUAUAAAAGUGGUCCAGGAAGUGUCUCUGGAUAUAAAAACACCUUUCUCUUCUGGGGAAGAUUUACUUACAGCCUCGAAGAUGGAGUUCCAUGAACAACAGGGCACUGGCUCUCUCACAGUUGAACCAUUAGACAAGAAGGAAAAAGAAUCUGGGAAAGAAAGUAAGCCUGCUGAAUUGCCGAAACAUGAUGCCUUAGUCACCCAGCCAGCACAACCUGCAACUGUAGACAAAAAGGACGUACUUGGCAAAGAAGAUGGGAAGGUACCUCUCACUCCAUUUGAACAGACUUUUGGGGAAGAACUAGAGUAUAUGCAGCAGAAAAGUGAACCAAUCCCUGCCAAACUUGAUGUGGUCCUUCCUACAGCAACUGUAUUUCAGAAAGAGCAAAAAGACUUGUCCAUUGAAGUACCCAAGGAUGAAUGGAGUACCUACAGCCAAUUAUCUCCUGGCCCUCUUGCAUCCAUGAAAGAACGCUACGAAGUUCAAGAAAUCCCAAAAUGGGAAGGGAAAAAACUAGACUCUCCAAAGCCAACUCCCUUUGGAAGUGUGAGCUUUCCUUUACCUUCUGAACCUAAAGCUGAUUUGUCAGAUGUCACUCAAGAUAAACUUGUUUCCAAAGCACCAGAGACACUGAAGUCAGAAGAUAAAAAGCCUAAGGAAGAGUCUAGUGACCUACAGGUUGCCAAAGAGAUUCCAAAGGAUGAACAAAUCCAUAUGGAAAAACCCUUAAAAGCAGGGGAAACAACAGCUACAAUGGAAGUUACACCACCCAAAGAAGCUGACAAACCAACUCUAGCAGAAAGUCCCAUUAAGAAAAUGUUCAAUGUUGAGGAAGAAAAGGAUGUAAUAAAGCAAGAAAGUGAGCAGAAAAAAGAGCCUUGUACAUCCAGUGGGCAGAAGUCUACUUUAUUUGACAGUGAACUUCUUCCAAAACCAGAAGAGAAAAACAUUCCUGAAAAGAAAACUAUGCCAAAAGAAGGUGAGCCCCAAAAGGUAUUAGAUGAAGAAAUGGGCAUCAUCAGUGUCUCAACAGAGAAAACAGUCCAAAAGGAAGACAAGAAAGACCAAAAGCCUCCCGUUGAUGAUUUAAAACAUGAUUCAUUCCCUAGAGGCCUAGAGCAAGUCUUCCCAUGUGCAGCCACAACCUCAAAAAUGCUAGAUAAAGCCCCUGACGAACUAGGUCUCCUCAGUGAAAAGAGUGCAACCAAGGAACUAUUUCAAGAGGAAGUUGCUGAUAAAGACAUUGAGGCCCAUAAGGCAGGGGUUGCAACCUCUCUCGAUUAUGAUAGGCAGCUGGACGAAGACAAAUCUGGAAUGUCAAAGUACUUUGAAACCUCUACAUUGAAAGAAGAAACCACAAAGAGCAUCCAGUCUGGCAGUGAUUACUAUGAAUUGAGUGAUACAAAAGAAAGCAUCUAUGAAUCCUAUGAUACAGUUUCACCUAUACAUAAAAGUUCUGAAAAGGAAUUUUACCCAGGAAAGGAGCAGCAACCCGCUCCCAUCUUAGAAGGGGGAUACAGUACCCUUGUACAGAGUUAUCCAGCUGACCUGCCCGAGGAGCCUAGCUCUCCCCAAGAAAGGAUGUUCACCAUUGAUCCAAAAGUUUAUGGAGAAAAACGAGACCUUCACAGUAAAAAUAAGGAUGAUUUGACACUUAGCCGGAGUUUAGGACUUGGCGGUAGAUCUGCUAUAGAACAGAGAAGCAUGUCGAUCAAUUUACCCAUGUCUUGCCUGGAUUCCAUAGCCCUUGGGUUCAACUUUGGUCGGGGACAUGAUCUCUCUCCACUGGCUUCCGAUAUUCUGACUAAUACUAGCGGGAGCAUGGACGAAGGGGAUGAUUACCUCCCAGCCACAACUCCUGCCCUGGAGAAAGCUCCUUGUUUUCCAAUAGAAAGCAAAGAGGAAGAAGAACAAUUGGAGGAAGAGAAAGUGACCAGAGCAGAAAACAUCCAGGUAGAAUCAUUGUGUGAGUCGCCUUUCCCGGCCAAAGAUUAUUAUAAAAAUGGGUCUGUGAUGGCCCCUGACCUGCCCGAAAUGUUGGAUCUAGCAGGCACAAGGUCCAGGCUAGCCUCUGUGAGUGCAGAUGCCGAGGUGGGAAGGAGGAAAUCGGUACCAUCAGAGACGCUACUUGAAGAGAGCAGCACUGGCUUGACUACUCUGACGGAUGAAAACCACGUUGUGGCAAAAGCAGAUAGUCAACUGGAGGAUCUGGGUUACUGUGUUUUCAAUAAAUAUACAGUUCCUCUACCAUCACCUGUCCAGGACAGUGAGAACUUAUCAGGUGAAAGUGGCUCCUUCUAUGAGGGUUCUGAUGACAAGAUGCGAAGAGAUUUGGCCACAGAUCUCUCACUGAUUGAAGUGAAAUUGGCAGCAGCUGGAAGAGUCAAGGAAGAGUUUAGUAGCGAGGGAGAGCCCAUCUCUGGUGAUAAGCCAGGUCUUGAUAAGGAGUCUGAUCACGAAAGGAAGAGUAAUGAUAAAUUGGACACUGUACUAGAAAAGAGUGAAGAACACAUUGAAUCCAAAGAAAUGCUGCUUCUGGAAGAAAAAGAACACCCCAUCAAAGUACCAGAGGGAGUGGAUAAAGUUGAAGCAUUUGGAACAGGAAUGACCUUUGAACAAGUAUUUGGAAAAGAGCCCAUCAAACCGAAAGAUGCUCCUAUUUUCAUAAGUGAAAAGGCAGAAAAGAGUCUUAGUUCAGUGCCAGAGGUGGCUGAGGCAGAACCAUCCCCUAAAGCAGACCAUGGAUUGGAUGCUGCUGCCAAGAAAGCUGAGCAGAGUCAACCCGAUGCUAAGAUCAGUGACUUUGGGCAAGCUGCUUUGGGACUGGGAGGAGAUACCGAGAAAGGAACAGAACUUCAUGCCCAGGCCGAUCAACAGGACAGGACCCAAUUAGCCAAACCUUCUGAGGCAGACACAUUUGAGCCCAGCCACCUGAAAGAGAGCAGCAAGGUUUCUGAGACAGAAGUCAAAGAAAAAGUGGCCAAGCCUGACCUGGUACACCAGGAAGCAGUAGAUAAAGAGGAAUCCUAUGAGUCAAGUGGGGAACCUGAUCACACUCCAGAGAGUUUGACUAUGGAGUCCUUGAAACCUGAUGAGGGCAAGAAAGAAGUGACCCCAGAAGUAGCUGUACUGGAGGAAGACAUCACAAUCAAAUUGUCAACAGAAGAGCCUCCAACCGCGACUGAUUCAAAGAGUUGUGUAGUAAAGACUGAGGAGACUCCUAUCCAGAUGGAGCAAGUUCAGCGGCCAAAAGAAGAAAUCAAGGAAACUCCAGACAUCUCCAUCACUCCCUCAGAAGUCAUCGAACCAUUGCUGCAAGGGAUUGUAUCUGAACCAGAGGAGGCUCAGAGGGAAGAAGAGGAAGAAAUUGAAGCCCGGGGAGAAUCUGAUAAACUGCUUUUCCGCUCGGAAACUCUCCAGAUAACAGACUUGAGUGUUCCAGCUGUCAAAGAGGAAUUGGUGGAGUUGGGCGCAGCAGAAAUGCCUGAGUAUAAGGGAGUGAUUGAGUCUGUGGUGACCAUUGAGGAUGACUUCAUCACCGUAGUGCAGACCACAACAGAUGAAGGGGAAACAGGUUCCCACAGUGUGCGUUUUGCUGCACUAGAGCAGCCAGAGGUGGAAAGGAGGCCAUCUCCCCCUGAAGAAGAAGAAGAGCCCCAAAUAGAAGAAUCUGCAGAAGCACUUGGAGAACCCAAAGAGGGCUCCCCUGAGGCCCCUGCUUCUCCAGAAAAGGAAGAAGUUGGCUUUUCUGAAUACAAGACAGAAACAUAUGAUGAUUAUAAAGAUGAGACAACCAUCGAUGACUCCAUCAUGGAUGCUGACAGCCUCUGGGUGGAUACUCAAGAUGAUGAUAGAAGCAUCAUGACAGAGCAGUUAGAGACUGUUCCCAAAGAAGAGAAAGCAGAGAAGGAAGUUCGGAGACCAUCUCUCGAUAAACAUAGGAAAGAAAAACCCUUUAAAACUGGGAGAGGCAGAAUUUCCACUCCUGAAAGAAAAAUAGCUAAAAAGGAACCUAGCACAGUCUCCAGAGAUGAAGUGAGAAGGAAAAAAGCAGUUUAUAAGAAGGCUGAACUUGGUAAAAAAACAGAAGUUCAGGCCCACUCUCCCUCCAGGAAAAUCAUUUUAAAACCUGCUAUCAAAUAUACUAGACCAACUCAUCUCUCCUGCGUUAAGCGGAAAACCACAGCAGCAGGUGGAGAAACAAAUCAGGCUUCUGGUAUAUAUAAACAAGCAAAGGACAAAUUCUCAGAUGGUGUAAGCAAGAGCCCUGAGAAGCGCUCAUCUCUGCCUAGGCCUUCCUCAAUCCUUCCUACGCGAAGAGGUGCAUCAGGAGACCGAGAUGAGAAUUCCUUCUCCCUCAACACUUCUAUGUCUGCUUCAGUACGACGAACUACUAGGUCAGAGCCAAUUCGCAGAACAGGAAAAAGUGGUACAUCAACACCCACUACUCCAGGCUCUACUGCCAUCACUCCUGGUACACCACCCAGUUAUUCCUCCCGUACUCCAGGCACUCCUGGUACCCCUAGUUACCCUCGAACCCCUCACACACCAGGAACCCCCAAAUCUGCCAUCCUGGUGCCCACUGAGAAAAAAGUUGCCAUUAUACGUACUCCUCCAAAGUCUCCAGCUACCCCUAAACAACUGCGACUUAUCAACCAACCACUGCCUGACCUGAAGAACGUAAGGUCCAAAAUUGGAUCCACAGACAACAUCAGAUAUCAACCUAAAGGUGGACAGGUUAGGAUUUUAAACAAGAAGAUGGAUUUUAGCGAGGUUCAGUCCAGAUGUGGUUCCAAGGAUAACAUCAAACAUUCUGCAGGGGGAGGAAAUAUACAAAUUGUUACCAAGAAGAUUGACUUAAGCCACGUGACAUCCAAAUGUGGUUCCCUAAAGAACAUCCGUCAUAGGCCAGGUGGUGGCCGUGUGAAAAUUGAAAGUGUGAAGCUGGAUUUCAAAGAAAAGGCACAUGCUAAAGUGGGAUCACUUGACAAUGCCCACCACAUACCUGGAGGUGGUAAUGUCAAGAUUGACAGCCAAAAAUUGAACUUCAGAGAACAUGCUAAGGCUCGAGUGGACCACGGUGCUGAGAUCAUUACACAGUCUCCGGGCAGAUCCAGUGUGGCCUCCCCCAGGCGACUCAGCAAUGUCUCCUCAUCUGGAAGCAUCAAUCUGCUCGAAUCCCCCCAGCUUGCCACUUUGGCUGAAGAUGUCACUGCCGCCCUUGCUAAGCAGGGCUUAUGAAUCUGUCUCAUUUAACACUGAAUGAAGUAAUGCUAUUUAGUCAUGAGCUCUUGGCAGGAGCGGGCUCAGAACAGGUGUUAUAUUCAAUCCUUUUACAAAUUCUAAAAAUAAAUCUUAUCCCAAGAUUGUGCUUACCAUUAUGAUAAAAAAUAAUCCCCCAAAUUUAAGUAUGUGCAGAAAUUGACCUGAUUUCAUUUGCAGCAGGAAGACUCAUUGCUUUACACAAGUACAAUUGCAAUAUAUUCCAUUUGAUGAUUCUUGUUGCUCUGCUCUGUCUUGCAUGGAGUAUUAUGAUAAAAAUGCAUUUUACCUUUCAUGUGCCUGAAGGCCAUCCACUAUUUUCUGAGAGCCUCGUUAAUAUCCAAGCUGCUCAUUUCACUGGUCUGUUUAUGGACAACAAAGGUUGUCCUUUGUAACUUAUUACAGGUUAAAUUAAACUGAAAGAGUCUGAUUAGAAGAUGAGAAGAACAUAUAAGAAAAAAAAAAACAAGUUUAAAAAAAGUGUUAUUUUGUAUAAAUGGGAAGAAAGAUUCAAUUAAGUUAUUAACAUUUGGGGCCUGGAUAAUUAAAUCAGUGUAUAGGUGAUUCCGAUAAAUUAUUUAACUAAUUAAAAAAAGUAGUUGAAGAACACUUGAACUCUGUUUUUGAGGAAGUGAUAUAAAAGAGCAGCUAUUAGACUUGGAGCACUUCCACAAUGAUGGACUUGUGUCUGAUUAGGAUGUCAGUUUAAUUGGCUAGAUUUGUGUCCACACUACAAGUUUCACAUCCUUUCCAUCUGUUUGAUACAGUAUUAUAGAUAUACAUAUAUAUAUACAUAUAUAUAUUUCUCUGUGGCCAUUUGUGAUAUUCCCUCAUAUACUUGAAUAUUAUACUUCUUUAUUAUUCACAGUAUCUGUGUCUCUUGCACCCUUUGGUGUUGAAAUUUUAGGUAUGUGAAAGUAGAUGUUAGCCGGGUUUUUUUCCCUAUUGAAAAAAAAACACAAAACAUUUAAAAAGAGAAAAACUUUUAGCAUGAAGUUGCGUUCUGUAACAACUAAAAGCCGUGCCCCUGUUUUGGUGCCAGAUGCAAGUCUCUUCUGUAAUGCUAGAAUUUUUAUUUUCCUUUUAUGUUUCUCUUCACCAACAUAGAGUUUGCUAGGGAGGUCUGGAUAUAUAUGUAAAAGGAUCAAAAAACUGUUGGUUUGAGAUUCUGGAAUUUUUUUAAAUUAAGAAAUAAUUUGGGCUUUACUCCCAUAAUUAUGAGAUGAUGGCCUCUUUUAUUUAUUUAUUUACUUUUUUUUUUUCAUUUGCUAAAGUUGAAUCCAAGAGAGUGGAUUUGAGAAAAUGUCAUUCCUCUCCUCAAGAUAGCAUCUCCUUGUUAAAUUAACUAGGCUAUCAGAGGUGGCCACCCAUUGAAAUAGAACAUUUGUCCACAUUCCAAAAAAAGCAAAAAUGCUUUCAAUUAGAAGAAUACUUUUUUUAAAGUGUGUAUAGAAAUAAAAAGUAGAACUACAGCUUAGAAUUAGACUCUGCACUAACACUGCAUCAACUUAAAAUAAAAAAACACUAGGGCUUAACAUGGUUUCUCAGGGGAGAGGGCUGUUCUGAUAUUAUCAACAGCAAUCUUGUCUGGAAAUCACGAAACAACUCAUUCAAAUCACAGAUUGUCGAUUUUAAAUUAAUUGACAAACAUUUCCAUGGUCCAUUCUGAGCUGUCCCUUAAUAAGGGCAGAGGAUGACAUGGAAGCUAUUUGAUAUUUUAAGUGUUCUUAAGAUCACUCAUCUUCAAACUAAACUGUUGAAGUCAGACUGGGAGGUCUGAUGUUUCUUUUGAGCCUAAUUCAGUUUCAAAACUUGAUUGGAGGAGAGGAGAGGAUGAAUGUGGGCUUCAGCAACACGUUAGUGUGUAUCAUCUAACAAAAAUACAAAGGGUGAAGAGACAGUGAGCUGUAGGAGUAGUGUAAAGACCCAUUUGACAUUGUCUUUAAUGUGGAUUCCCUAAGGGAAAAACCCUAGAAACACAGAAAAUCCCUCACUUCAUUAGUUUUCAACAGAGAGCUUUUAUACACUCCCAAUCCUGUCUAACCCUGUCUAUCAGUCAGUUGUUUGAUGCAAAUGUUGUGAAUUUAGAAACUGAGUGGAACAAUGGGUUUCUAAUUUCUGCCUUGUAAUUGCUGAGUAGUGUCUGCUUAACUAACCCUGGCAUUUACACAGAAAUAUUUCCUGGUGUAGUGCAUCCAAGUCCUUUAUGUUGCACAAGCAGGAAGACUAGUAGUGUGGAACACAUUGCUCAGACCCUGUACCACCAAUGAAUGCAAAAUAACUUGGCAGUAUUUUUCUUAAGCCUUUUGAUAGUGUUAGCUAGCAACUAAGGUUCUGUGGAACAUCCAUUCGACAGAAAUUGAACACCAGCUGGUCCAGACAGUGUUUAACCUGUGACUCGAGUAUGUUUUUUAGAUCUGCUUUUAAAUUACAAACACACACACCAAAAACAAACAAAAAGAAUAAUUCAAGAUAGUGAAGUUUAGUUACCUGCAAAUAAAAGUCCAGAGUUAGGUUAGUGGGAAGGCAUUUAAAUCUUUAGGUUUUUCCUUGUCCAGUCCUGGCAAGGUCUUUAGAAUGAGUAAAAACAAAAAACAAAAAAACAAAACAGAUUGUGCUGACUCAAGGAAAACACACAGGUUAAGUUACAGGGCUCUUGAAGCCCCUUGAAAAAAGCCAAGCCUUGUCUUCACUCUCAAGAACACUACUCAACAUAAGCUUUGCAAACAUAAUACUAACAAGGAAGACCAAUGCAUCUGGUGGUUAGAUGUCAGAACUCUAAAUGCUUUGAUUCUAGAUCCUCUAUAUCCAGAUUUAAUCUGGCUUUGACUGCUGAGAAACAGUCUCACAGUAACUGCCCAAGUAAUCCAGAUACAUGAAGAGUUAUAAGGCCAAUGUUCACAAAAGAACCAACUCUCUCGGAAUCUCACCUGCAACUGAGAAACAUUUAAAUUAUAAUGAUCCGGAUUCGAGGAAGAGUUUUAAAGGCCCAUGUUCACUUGAACCAACUCUCUCUGGAUUCACCUGCUGUGCUAACAGGAUGGUGGGCUCCAGUCCAUCUACAAGCAAAAGUCCUGUGUAGCUUUAGGUAGCAAGGACCUGAAAAGGGCUGGACAGAGAAAAUUGAUGGAAGUUGAGAAAAUGCGAAUGCAGUCAGUCUACAAAUACUUAUGGUAGACUUUAUAUUUUUUUCCUACCAUGUACAACAGGAAAUGGUACAUUAACCAAAUAGUAUUAAUGUCGUGAUAUUCCUUGUAAUUGAUUCUGACACAACCGGAAAUAUAAACAUUUUUUUUUCUAUCUUUCAUGCCAGACGAAAGAGGAAAGGGAAUCAGUUAACCUUUAAGUGGCAGAAAAAGGAUUUGCUGCUUGGAAGUAAACAUGUAGAGACAGAUUCCAGUUAUUCCUUCAAAAGUGUGCAUAUUUCAGCUUAAUUCCAUGUUUAUGUUUAAAAUUAUACAGAUAGGAUUCUAGCCUAGGUGAAUAAACUGGAGCAAUUCCCUCUAGAACAAAAGCUGCCUAUUUUCAGACUGAGAAAAGGUUAAUCGUAACAAUUCACUUCAACUUUAGCAAAGAGGAAAAAAACAAACAAGCAAAAAAUGCACACCCAGUGUGCCCGGAUUCCAAGUGUUAAAACAUACCUUACAAAUCUAUGGGGUUUUUUUUCUGAGAAUUCUAGAGCCUGUUACUAUAGAGAGGCAUUUCUUCAGUGGCUGGUGGUAGUUAGUUCAUGUUUUUCAAUCAGAUUUGCAAUUGUAUUGUUGCUGUAUAGUGAUUGUUUUGCAAAUAAAAUUGCUUGUCAUCUAA